GAAUGUCGAAUAUGAAACUAACUUCACCUCGCUCGGCCACGUUGCAUAUUUUAAGCUUGUGUUAAACAGACCUUAUUGUUGAUUUAGAUCUCUACAGGAUUUUUUUCGUUGUGUCGCUCGCAGGAAAUCUUAAUUUAGACGAUGACAAAUCAGAUCGACUCUACUCUGUUACGUAACUUAUGGUACAGAAAAGCAAGAGGAAGGGGCGGGAUCUUUUUUACAGUACAGUUAUGACUAUCCAACUUCUAAUAAAUCGAAACCAUAGAAAAAAAACAGGCGGGAUCAUUUUAGCUUAUUGUAGGCCUACUGUAGCCUACAUGUGUUGACCCGACGAUGCAUGGUAGUUAUUGAUAACGACAACUAAUGAAAGACGCACUGCGUUUCUAUUUGAGCAUAUGUGUAGUCCAGCGACAGCAAGUUGAUUAAUGCUAUCUUACUGCUGCUUGUGUCUACUGUGAUUAUUUUUUACUUGGAAAAUGGCAGAAUUUUUGCAAAGAUUCAGUAUUUUAAAAAGUGGUUGGCGACUACUUGGAAAACUUGAUUCGCUUCCAACAUCACGGAAGUACAGCAAUGUCUACAAGUCUUUUGGACUUUUGUUUGACAUUGAUGGGGUGCUGGUGAGGGGUAGGACACCUAUCCCUGCUGCCAAACAGUGCUUCAGGAACCUGGUAGACCAGAAUGGAAAGUACAAGAUUCCUGUGGUGUUUGUGACCAAUGCAGGAAACUCUAUGAGGCAGGCCAAGGCUGAGCAGCUAUCACACCUGCUGGAAGUGGAGGUGUCUCCAGACCAGGUGAUGCUGUCCCACAGUCCUCUGCGUAUGUUCAGCCAGUUCCACAACAUGUGUGUGCUGGUGUCGGGACAGGGCCAAGUCGUAGAGGUGGCUCACAAGCUAGGGUUCCAGAACGUUGUGACCGUUGAUAUGCUGAGAGAGGCGUAUCCUUUGCUUGAUGUGGUGGAUCAUAAUAGGAGACCGAAAUACAAUGUUCCAUCGACUAAAUAUCUACCACCUAUAGAUGCAAUCAUUCUGUUUGGCGAGCCAGUCAGAUGGGAGACUAACCUCCAGCUGAUUAUGGACGUCCUCCUAACCAAUGGGCAACCAGGGAGUACCGUGACAUCGCUGAAAUACCCUCACAUCCCAGUGCUGGCCUGUAAUAUGGACCUCUUGUGGAUGGCAGAGGCGAAAAAUCCUCGAUUUGGCCAUGGCAUGUUUCUAGUGUGCCUGGAAAGUCUGUAUAAGAAGAUCACAGGCUGUGAGCUGAAGUAUGAGGCUUUGAUAGGGAAGCCCAGCAUGGUGACGUACAAUUACGCAGAGCUGCUUGUGAAACAGCAGGCUGACAGCCUGGGCUGGACCCAGCCUGUAAAGCGGCUCUACGCCAUUGGUGACAACCCCAUGUCAGACAUCUAUGGUGCCAACCUCUAUAACUCCUACCUCCAGGCCACGAGGCAGGCCAGGGCACAGCUGCAUGCCCGCCAGGGGGGCGGGGGAGGAGAGUCCCAGGGGGAGGCACCGGAGGACGGCCCCGGCAUGACCUCCACAGAGCUGGGCGGGGGUUCUGGUGUGUAUGGGGUGAAAGAGAACCAGCCCGAGGCUUGUUUCUCAAUCUUGGUUUGUACGGGCGUGUACAGUCGGGACCAGGAGGAGCUGCCCCCAGACCCCCACCACACCGUCACAGAGCACCGCAUCUUUCACGGCCACAGGGACUUCCGUUUCGACCCCAGCCUGACCCAUCCGUCCUUCUUGGUGCAGGAUGUCAGGGAGGCUGUGGAGCUGGUGUUCCAGAAGGAGGGCUGUCCGCUGGAGUAGAACCUGUCUGACCCCCCCCUCCAAACACCUCAAUCUCCCUCCUGCUGAGUCACCUUCUUAUUCUCACUGGUCUGAUUUACUUACAACAAACCAUAUGUUUGCCUCUCAACAAGAAAGCUAGCACCGUUUAACCAUACUUUUAACUCCUAUCCUGCCGUACAUAUCUGUAAUAAGUGCCUAGAGACUGCUAGACGUCCGCUUGAAAUCUGCUAAAUCUGUAUUUCAUAGUGCAAUGAUGUGAUACCCAAAUGAAGUACACUACACUAAUAGUAAGUAUUUUUUGUUUUUUUUAAAUGUAAUUAAACUGCAUCAUUGGGACCUCAUAUAUUCUCUCUGGUUGUUGGGUUGUGGGAGGAACUGUGAACAGACUGUGAUUUAGCUACUACUCGGAACAAAAAGCUUCACCCAACAAACAGUUCAUGUCAUGAUGACUACUUAUUUGAGACUGAUCAAUGGGUUGAGACUUCCUUAACUCUCUCCCUCAGCCUAUGCACUGAACUGAAACAUUUCUGUCCACUCUGACAUGUCCUUGUUCCACAGAUCACUUAGCAAAGAAGAACAACUGAACAACAGACUUUUGUCAAGCUGCCAUUGAGAUUUGUCACUUUCAUUACUGUAAAGUGUCUUGAUUUUUUAAGAAAGUUACAGUAUGUGGUUUUUGUGAACUGUUUUAUUAAGAUUAUUGGUCAAUAUUAUCAAACCAAAGUGGACUGAUGCAUUCAAAAUGAUUAAGGUAUAGUUGUUUGUAGCUUUUGAAAGUGUAUUUGUUUAUCUUUGUCUCUAUUGCAAAAUAUCCUAUUCAUAACUGAUUUACUAUACUGUUCAAAUUGGUGGUGUAUCUUUAGAAGUCUUAUUUGUGGAUAAUUGUUUGAGACACAUCCUGUUUUUCCAGACUGGGAGAAGAAAUUACAGCAAUAACGUUUUAUUUAAUUGACAAAUUGUUUUUACUAGAAAAUGUUUUACAGAAUGUAAAUCUGCCAAUGCUUCUGACUGCAUGUGUGAAACUGUAAAGUUGACCAAAUAUAUUGAAUGGAAUAAUCAUGAGCAAUAAAACAUGAAGGGAAAGUCACUUCAAGCGUAUUUCAAAUAAAAUACCACUUUUACUCAUUCA